AUGAGCUACGGUUUCAUUCCGCUGAAUUCCUUUGGUGAGCUUUUGUUGUUACUGCUGCAGGAAGAGCCGAGGGGAUCAUCUUUAUGGAAAACAACCAACAAGGAGGGCAGCAAAAAACAACAAAAAGGACGCAGAAAUCAUAAAGUGGGUUUGAACAAGUUAAAAAAGCGCAUAGGGGAAAAAAGGAAUGAAAAAGCUCAGACCUCAAUCUCAUUCAUACUGAAAAUGCGCGAAAGUGUGGCGCAGGCGCAGCAGGAACUGGAUUUGGAUCAGCUUCAGAUUCGGAUUCAGCUUCAGAGUCGAAAUCAGGACCUAGCGCACGUGCGUUGGAAAUGGGAAGCGUUCACCCCCGGGCUGGAAAAUGAAAACAAGUGA